AUGACCCAAUAUACCAUUUCCAAAGGCACCAAGGAGGAUGUGGCGGUCUACGAGAAAGAGCCAGACGCUGUAGUCACAAAUCACGAUCAGCUCGUGGAGAACAUUUUCAACAAAGGCUAUGCGAACAUCUUUGUAGCCCGAGUAAAGACUGAAGAUGGUUCGAGAGGAGAAGCAGUUGGCUUUGCCUUGUAUUUCUUCACCUUUUCGACAUGGCUAGGUGUGCCUGGUCUAUAUCUUGAGGACCUCUACGUCAAGCCUGAUCAUCGGGCCAAUGGACUCGGUAAGAGGCUCUUUGGGGAGCUGGGAGCAGUUGCCAAAGAAAGAGGAUGUGGAAGGGUCGAGUGGAGAGUCCUCAAGUGGAAUCAACCCUCGAUCGACUUCUACGUCAAGAGACUCAAGGCUGAAUCACUGGACGAAUGGGACACUAUGCGAUUGGAAGGAUCAGAAGCUAUCGCAAGAUUGGUACAAAUGAGGCAGCAGUAG